AUGCCUCCUAUGCAGCGGCGCCAGAGCGUCCCUGCGACCGCCGAUGUAGCAGCCGUAAUAUCCCCCAAGUUUGCCGUCUCCAUCCCUUACUACGCGCCGGCAGCUGCGUUACCGGCGGCGUUGCCCACCACCGCCGAGAUCAAAAGGUCUGUGGAAGUUCUAUCUCAGCGAUCAACCGCCAAGGUGGUCACGGUCGGUUCUCACUUCGUGGCCAAAUACGGAAGGCUCAAUCUCGAGGAAGGUCGCAUGAUGAUCUUUGUUCAACAGCACUCCCAGGUUCCGGUUCUCCGUGUCUUCGCCCUCUACCGAGACGAUGAGGAGGAGACGAGCUACAUCGUCAUGGAAAGAAUCCAUGGUCAGACCCUCAAAGUUAUAUGGGACACAUUAGAUGAUCAGCAGAACAUAGUGAUUACCACUCAAUUAAGGGAAUACAUCGGACAAUUACGCCGGAUCGAAUCUCCCUGUGGAUAUUGCGGGCUCGACAAAACGCCACUCCCAACCUACAUUUUAUGGACUCCUAUAUAG